AUGAUAAUUUUUCUAAUUUGGUUGGUGGUGCUGAUUGCGGCCCUGGUGUUGCAUCUUCGGCAAAUGCACGCCGCAUUCAACAGACAUGGCAUCAAGUACUUGAAUCCAGCACCAUUGUUAGGGAACAUGUCCAACACAGUAUUUCUACGCCAACACUUUGCUUAUGAUAUUCUUAAAUUGUACGAGACCUUUCCAAAAGAUAGGUUUGUAGGAAGAUAUGAAUUCACAAAUAAGACGAUAAUACUCCGUGACCUCGACCUGGUGAAGAAAAUCACAGUCAAAGACUUUGAGGUGUUCCUUGAUCAUCGCAACUUCGGUAGAGAUGCGUUUAUCGGCAGAGCUUUAAUAUUAUUGCAAGGCCAAGAAUGGAAAGAUAUGCGGUCUACGUUGAGUCCAGCGUUCACAAGCUCCAAGAUACGUCUGAUGGUGCCUUUUAUGGUGGAAGUCGGAGACCAGAUGAUACGAUCACUGAACAAAGAAAUUGAGGCUUCACCUGAUGGGUACAUAAAUAUCGAUUGCAAGGACCUUACAACUCGCUACGCAAAUGAUGUUAUAGCUUCUUGUGCUUUUGGUCUGAAAGUGAAUUCUCACGAAGAGAAAGAUAAUGAAUUCUACGUGAUGGGUAGAAAAGCAGCAAAUUUCACUUUGCGUGAUAUGUUCAUGUUCAUAUUAAUCGUCGCUGCUCCAAAACUAGCGGCGUUGCUAAACUGGAACUUGGUACCAGAUACAAUGAAGAAUUUUUUUGUAAACUUGGUCUUGGACACAAUGAAGGAUCGUGAAUUGCGACACAUUUUUAGACCAGAUAUGAUUCAUCUGCUUAUGGAAGCUAAAAAAGGUCAAUUGACUCAUGAAGAUGCUAAGUCUGACAAUGAUGCUACUGGAUUUGCGACUGUUGCAGAAUCAUCAGUUGGGCUUAAAAAGACUGCCAAUCGAGUUUGGAAUGACAAUGACCUAAGUGCUCAAGCAUUCUUGUUCUUCGUUGCUGGGUUUGAAACUGUCUCGACCAGUAUGUCUUUCUUACUGUACGAGCUGGCAGUAAACCCUGAUGUGCAAGACCGGUUAGCACAGGAGAUAAAGGAACAUGAUGCUAAGAAUGGUGGCAAGUUUGAUUUUAACUCCAUACAGAACAUGAAGUAUAUGGAUAUGGUUGUCUCGGAGCUUCUCAGGUUAUGGCCACCACUCGCAGUUAUGGAUAGAGAAAGUAACAGGGAUUACAAUAUGGGUAGACCGAGUGAGGAUGUGGAAAAAGAUUAUAUUUUGCCUAAGGGGUCUACGGUGUUUAUUCCAGCCUUCGCCUUCCACCGCGAUCCUCAGUACUUCCCAAAUCCUGAAAAGUUCGACCCAGAGCGAUUUUCUGAAGAAAACCGUCACAAUCUCAAUUUGAACGCCUACAUGCCUUUUGGCAACGGUCCAAGAAAUUGUAUAGGGUCGCGAUUUGCUCUCUGCGAACUGAAGGUGCUGACCUAUCAGAUACUCCUACACAUGGAGCUGUCUCCAAGUGAGAAGACUCCAAUACCAGCCAGGUUGGCUGCUGAUAACAUCAACAUCAGGUUGCAGGGAGGACACUGGCUCAGAUUUAGACAAAGAAAAUAA